CCGCACGACGCUCCGCGCCAGAAUUUGCGCGAACUUUUUAAAAAUAAAAACAUUGUUUAUGAACUGUGGUUUUUACAUUGAACUUUUAAUUGUGAACUUAAAAUGGACGUUAUGUUUGAAGUGAUUAAAUAAAUUGUUUGAAAAGUGGACUUGUGAUGUUUUGACUGAAGUUUUGCGGAAAACUAUUCAAAAUGGAAAAAAUGAAUCGUAACUUUGUUGUGAAGUGUUUUCUUCUGGUUUUGGCCACGACUCAAAUUGAUGCAGUCCAGAGGUUUGUGGAGAUGCCCACAUACACGGAGGUGAACCCGGGAGAGGACGCGUUGCUCAAAUGCAGGAUAUCCGAGAAAAAGGGCGUGUGCUCCUGGCAAAAGGAUAAUAAGCCAGUGGGCAUCUACCGCGGCAAAUACGAAUGGGCGAACGAGAACAGUCCGAUGGGAGGCGACUGCUCGCUCUGGGUCCGAGCGGCCACUCUCGCCUUGGACGAUGGACAGUGGCAGUGCCAAGUCACUGCUAGCAACUAUGACGUGCAGGAUGCCCUAUCUAGUCCCCCCGCGGCGUUAGCAGUACGUGUACCACCACAAUCGCCCCGGAUUCUGUUUAACGGCACCCUCAUUCUACCGAAUCAGAAUAUCACGGUGCCUGCUGGUUCAAGGGCCACCGUGGUCUGUGAGGCCCGCUACGGCAACCCACCAGCUUACAUCGAGUGGUACUUGGAUAAAGAACGCUUGACCGCUUGGAGUCAAACCAACGCAUCAGAAGUAGAAAGACCUCGAGUCUGGGCAGCGCGAUCAGUUCUCGAACUGGGAGCAACGCGAGCUUCCCACGGCCGACAACUAGCCUGUCGCGCGCACCACCCGUCAUACCCUUCGCCCUACUACCGGGACUCGUACACCAUGCUUGACGUCACUUUCGUCCCAGUGGUUUCCAUCAACGGUGCAGACCCCAGCACACUAGCGAAUCUCGAAGAAGGCAACAGUGCUUUAACUCUCGAGUGCCGCGCCGACGGCAACCCCAGCCCCUACGUGUGGUGGACCAAGAACGGACAAGUCAUCGCUACUAAUGGUGCUAAACUUAUCUUGGCACCGGUCAUGAGGAAUCAUUCGGGAAUCUAUGGUUGCCAGGCAAGAAAUUCAGUCGGAACAUCCGAUUCAGUGAAAAUCGAAAUCGAUGUCAAAUAUCCUCCCAGAGUGACGUGGGUGGGUCCCGAUACCGUGGUUGAGGCCAAUCUCUUCUCCCAAGUAACUCUGGAGUGCAAAGCCGAAGGGAACCCACCGCCCUCCUACCAGUGGUAUCAUAACCCCAACUCAGCCCACCUGAACGCGAUGCCCGAGGACGGGUACCCGAUAUCGUCGACGCCGCAACUUCAGCUCCAGAACGUCUCGUACAGCCAACACGGCCGGUACAUCUGCUUGGCUAUCAACCAGAUUGGAUUGGAAGACCGAACGCAUCAAUCCGAAGCCGUAACGCUGAACGUGCUAGGUCCACCAGUGGGCGCAGAGACGUUAACCGCGAACGCAUGGAGCGGGUCCGAAGCCAAAGUACACGCGACUGUGUGUGCCGACCCUCCACCUCGACGAGCGGCUUGGUUAUGGGGCAGUCUGCGACUGGACGUGCCUUCUACUAUAGGUCGCUACCGAGCACUGGAGCCGACGGGCGCGUUCGGCUGCUAUCGCUACACGCUCCUCAUCUCUGGCACUAGCACAUCUGACGCGCGCGUCUACGUCCUCCACGUGGAGAACGAGCGCGGCUUCUCCUCGCAUGCCGUCUCGCUCACCGUCCACGAUAAUUUUCUAACAGAGACGGCGCACGUGGCCCCGCUGAUCGCUGCGGCGUUAGUGAUUGCGGCGUUGCUGGUCGUCGUGUUCUGCCUGGUCAUCCGGUGCCGGAGAAGGAGAGAGAGCGUUGAAUACAAGACUGAUGAUUUAGAUAGUGAGAAGACGGUGCUCCCAGCGGACGCGGUGUACGCGGGGCAGGCGCCGGCCGCGGCGCCGCGCUACUCGCCCGGCGCGCUGCAGGCAGCGUUGAACUCGCUAGAGAGAGAAGCCAAAGAAAAUGUGUAUGCGGUAUUAGACCCGCAUAUACAAUACGAAAUAACUAUUAAUAAGCACGGAGAACCGCCAAAGCAUUUGUCGCUAUCUAAGCCCCUAACUCACCAAAGAGCACACGCGUUCGACACGCAACUCAAUGAGAUUAAUAAUAACGAAUUCGAAAAUAGAUUCACCACAUUCAAAUCGGGACCGACGAAACUAAGAAAGUCAAAUAGAAGCGACCGACAGAAUAACGAUCGCAGCUACGUGUGCAAAACUAACAACGAUAUCGAAUACUCAAAAGACCCUUACUUUGGCAUCGCAAGAGAUAACCAAAACAGAAAAUCCAAAACCUAUUCUCGCAUGUAUGAACGUAACAAUUCAGGCAAGAAAGACAACAGGAAAACUCAAUUUGCUGAAGAUAAAGAUGCUAAAAAACUAUCGAAUCGCGAUUGGAUUUAUGAAGAAAAUAAGCAUAUUAAUAAAGAACUAGAGAAAGAGCGAUCUUUUGAAGAGCUAAAAGAAGAAAACGACGUAAGGCAAGAUAAUGGUAUAGAAGACUACAAACCUCGGCCAGGUAAAGUCAGAGAAAUCGCUUCGAGGUUUAAUAGGAAUAGUGCAAAUGUUGGUCAGUCUGUAAAUAGUAGUAAAGGUAGGCCGAAGCCGUUGCAAAGUUACAGCAACCAGGCUUAUUUAGACCACGUGUUCCCUGAUGCUGUAGAAAUUUGAAUAGGCUAGUUUCCUAGAAUUAAAACAGUUAAAUUUCAGUCAAAUUCAAACCUCUAUUUAUGUCACUACAGACAUAUGUAGUAACAUAAAUAAAGGUUUGAAUUUGAAUGAAAUUUAACUGUUUUAACAUCAUAGUUAGGAAGAAUCUCACAAGUUUUGACGCCACGAUCAUUUCUUACGAGCUUACAAUAUUUUUAAGCCUUUGAAUGCUUAAGGUAUUGGGUAAGAUAUUGGGCUGUCGCCGCACGCGUCACGACUUUGGCGAUCAAAAGGCUAUCUAGCUUAAACAUCAAAUUACUUAUAGGUGUCUUGGUGGUUAUUGUGUCUUUUCUUAAAUGCAACUUCAUUGCUGUGAAACAA